UGACGUUGUGAAGUAAGUAGUGCUCCUUGUUUUGUUCGUUGUUCCCAAUACCCAACGCAACCGUAUUCGUCUCACUCUGUCUUCUUCUUUUCUAGAGAGAGAUAAUUCUAGAGAGACAAACUUCAGUGAACAAAGCUCCCCACUAACGCAUUAUCUCCCUCUAGUCUCCAUCAACCUUCUUGGUGUGAAAUUGCAUAGUAUAGUUGUAUAGUCGAUAUUUAUGGGUAGAGGGGAGAAUUAUGGGAACGGGGAGGAAUUAAAUACGAUGAUAUCGAACGAAGCUGUUUUCGUUGCGUGGGCGAAAGAUCCACGUGAAUGCGAGGAAUUGUUGAAUGUGAGACGUGAAGAUGGUUUGUCGAAUGAGGAAGUUGAGAAGCGGAGACGGGUGUUUGGAUGGAAUGAGCUGGAGAAACUCGAAGGGCAGUCCAUAAUUAGGUUGAUUUUAGAUCAGUUUAAUGAUACUUUAGUUAGGAUUUUACUUGUUGCGGCUGUGGUUUCGUUUGUUUUAGCGUGGUAUGAUGGCGAUGAAGGAGGGGAAAUGGAGAUCACGGCGUUUGUGGAGCCGUUGGUGAUUUUUUUGAUCUUGAUUGUGAAUGCGAUUGUGGGGGUUUGGCAAGAGAGUAAUGCGGAGAAGGCUUUAGAAGCUCUUAAGGAAAUUCAGUCAGCGCAGGCGACUGUGAUUAGGGAUGGGGAGAAGAACUCGAAUUUGCCUGCAAAAGAACUUGUUCCGGGUGAUAUUGUUGAGCUUAGGGUUGGGGAUAAAGUGCCUGCGGAUAUGAGGGUUUUGAGUUUGAUUAGCUCUACUUUAAGGCUUGAGCAAGGUUCGUUGACUGGAGAGAGCGAGGCCGUGAGUAAGACUGUGAAGCCUGUGCCUGAGGAAUCGGAGAUUCAGGGGAAGAAAUGUAUGGUGUUUGCAGGAACGACAGUUGUUAAUGGCAAUUGCAUUUGUUUGGUCACUCAAACUGGUAUGAAUACUGAGAUCGGAAAGGUGCAUUCACAAAUUCAUGAAGCAGCCCAAAGUGAGGAAGAUACACCUCUGAAAAAGAAACUAAAUGAGUUUGGAGAGGUUUUGACCAUAUUAAUUGGUUUGAUUUGUGCACUGGUUUGGCUUAUCAAUGUCAAGUAUUUUCUAUCUUGGGAUUAUGUUGACGGAUGGCCAACAAAUUUCAAGUUCUCAUUCGAGAAAUGCACGUAUUACUUUGAAAUUGCUGUGGCCUUGGCAGUUGCUGCCAUUCCAGAAGGUUUACCUGCUGUUAUUACAACAUGUUUGGCCCUUGGUACACGUAAGAUGGCUCAGAAGAAUGCUCUUGUUCGUAAGCUGCCAAGUGUUGAGACUCUUGGUUGCACAACUGUAAUUUGUUCAGAUAAGACUGGGACACUGACUACUAAUCAGAUGGCAGUGGUUAAGCUUGUCGCUAUGGGUCCUCAAGGACAUUCUCUCCGAUCUUUCAAUGUUGAUGGCACCACUUAUAAUCCGUUUGAUGGAGAAAUACAAAAUUGGCCACUUGGUCAAAUGGAUACUAACCUUCAAACAAUUGCCAAGAUUGCUGCUAUCUGCAAUGACGCUGGUAUUGAACACAAUGGGACUCAUUAUGUUUCUAGUGGGAUGCCUACUGAAGCAGCAUUAAAGGUUCUUGUUGAGAAAAUGGGGCUUCCUGAUGGAAAGGAUACAAAUUCAUCCAUCACUGGUGGUGAUGCCCAACGUUGUUGUCAAAGAUGGAGUGAAACUAAUUCUCGAAUUGGCACACUUGAGUUUGAUCGUGAUAGGAAAUCAAUGGGAGUUAUUGUAAGUUCUAUCUCGGGGAGAAAUUCAUUACUCGUAAAGGGUGCAGUUGAAAACCUGUUGGACAGAAGCUCUUUUAUUCAGUUACUUGAUGGCUCUGUCGUAGAACUUGACCAGAAUGCUAGGAAAGCUAUUCUACAGAGCCUUCAUGAAAUGUCAUCGAGUGCAUUACGUGUAUUGGGUUUUGCAUACAAGGAUGAUUUAGCUGAGUUUGCAACAUAUACUGGGGAUGAAGACCAUCCAGCUCAUGAGCUUUUACUCAAUCCAUCCUACUACUCGUCUAUUGAAAGUAAACUUGUGUUUGCUGGUCUGGCUGGACUUAGAGAUCCACCUCGAAAAGAAGUUCGCCAAGCUAUUGAGGACUGCAAAAUAGCUGGUAUCCAGGUUAUGGUUAUUACUGGAGAUAACAAGAACACUGCUGAAGCUAUAUGUCGUGAAAUUGGUGUGUUUGGACUGAAUGAAGAUAUCAGUUCCAAAAGCUUAACAGGGAGAGAGUUCAUGGAUCAUCGUGACAAAAAGAGUCAUUUAAAGCAGAGUGGAGGGCUCCUCUUCUCUAGGGCAGAACCAAGGCAUAAACAAGAGAUAGUAAGGCUGCUCAAAGAAAAUGGGGAAGUAGUUGCAAUGACUGGCGACGGAGUUAAUGACGCUCCUGCCCUUAAACUAGCUGACAUUGGUAUUGCAAUGGGCAUUGCUGGUACAGAGGUUGCGAAGGAAGCUUCUGACAUGGUUUUAGCUGAUGACAAUUUUAGCACAAUCGUUGCUGCUGUAGGGGAAGGCAGGUCUAUCUAUAACAAUAUGAAGGCAUUUAUCAGGUAUAUGAUUUCCUCAAAUAUUGGUGAGGUUGCCUCUAUAUUCCUCACAGCUGCUUUAGGUAUACCUGAAGGCCUUAUACCUGUUCAGCUUUUGUGGGUCAAUCUGGUUACUGAUGGACCCCCAGCAACAGCUUUAGGAUUUAAUCCACCUGACAAGUACAUCAUGAAGAAGCCCCCUCGCAGAAGUGAUGACUCUUUAAUCAGUGCAUGGAUACUGUUCCGCUAUUUGGUGAUUGGUCUUUAUGUGGGCAUAGCUACUGUAGGAGUGUUCAUCAUAUGGUUCACGCAAGACUCUUUCUUAGGAAUUGAUUUGAGUAAAGAUGGCCACAGUCUAGUCUCCUAUUCCCAGCUUUCUAACUGGGACCAGUGCACCUCCUGGGGGAAUUUCUCGGUUUCUCCUUUCACUGCCGGGUCACAAGUUUUUAAUUUCGACACCGAUCCAUGCGACUAUUUCCAGACUGGAAAAGUCAAAGCUAUGACCCUCUCCCUGUCUGUAUUGGUCGCCAUUGAGAUGUUUAAUUCCCUUAACGCCCUUUCCGAGGAUGUGAGUCUCUUGAGCAUGCCUCCUUGGGUCAACCCAUGGCUCCUCUUGGCAAUGUCCGUUUCUUUUGGAUUGCAUUUCUUGAUCCUUUAUGUGCCUUUUCUUGCUCAAAUAUUUGGCAUUGUUCCACUAAGCCUGAACGAGUGGUUAUUGGUGGUGGCUGUUGCCUUCCCGGUGAUUUUGAUUGAUGAGGUUCUUAAGUUUGUAGGAAGGUGUACACAAUCAAAGAGUUCAUUGAAGCUCAAGGCAGAAUAAGGUUGUAGGUAAAGAUACUAGGUAGAUAAGAUAAUUUACUUACAAAAGCUUCAAUAGGUCCAAUUAACCUUGUUAUUCUUGGUCCCUUAACCUCCAUGACGAAACAGGAAGGGUUAGAUUAUGAUGAUAUACUACAUUUAAUUAGACAUUUGUAAUACUCCAUACAGACUUUAGUAGAUGAUUUUAAUUUAUGUAUCAGCCUUGUCCUGAAA